UGGGGAAAAAGCGGGAGGCGCGUGAUCCCAGUCUGAGCGCGCGCUUAGGAAUCAUUUGCUCUCGCGCGCAGCUUCACGGACGCUUGCUCUUAACGUACGUCCAUAAACCGGAGUAAAGUACUGCUUAUUACAACUUUUAUUUGGAUGUCAAGUGAAGAUCAAUGUGUCUGUGGACCAGGCAGCUCAGAUCAUCCUGAUAUUUCUGAGAAAUGCCCGUGUACACGCGGCGCCACAGACUCCAGCGGACUGAAGCUCUCACUCGCUCACCAUGACUUUCACCAGCUCUUUAUUUGCCCUCCUCUUCAUCAGCAGGUUUUUGGAAAACUCUCUGCUCAGUGCCGAGGUGAAAGAGGGAGAGAUUCUUCCUCCGACCAUCCAGAAGCUGAUGAAAGGAUACAACAAAUACCUCCGGCCUUUCUUUGACAAUGGUCCUGUCACGGUGGGCAUGAGUUUGGACAUCGCCAGUAUUGAUACGAUUUCAGAGAUCAACAUGGACUACACGGCCACCAUCUUCCUACGGCAGCGCUGGACGGAUGAGAGGCUGGUGUUUGAAGGCAAUAAGAGUUUAAGUCUGGACGGGCGACUGGUGGAGCUGCUGUGGGUCCCAGACACCUUUAUAGUGGACUCCAAGAAGUCCUUCCUCCAUGACAUUACAGUGGAGAACCGAUUGAUCCGGAUCUUUCCCAACGGAACGGUUCUCUAUGCCCUCCGGAUCACCACCACUGUGGCCUGUAACAUGGACCUGACCAAAUAUCCCAUGGACAAACAGACGUGCACAUUACAACUGGAGAGCUGGGGUUAUAAUGUCAAUGACGUGAUGUUUUACUGGGCACGUGGGAAUGAUUCUGUGAGUGGUUUGGACACUCUGAGGCUGGCCCAGUACACUGUAGAGGAUCAUUACACCUCAGUGUCUGAGGCCGUAUAUGAAACAGGAAAUUAUCCCAGGCUGGUCUUUCAUUUCGAGCUGAAGAGGAGCAUCCUGUACUUCAUCUUGGAAACAUACGUGCCCUCCAGCCUGUUGGUGGUUCUCUCCUGGGUCUCUUUCUGGAUCAGCCAAUCAUCUGUCCCUGCACGCAUUUGCAUAGGCGUGACCACUGUCCUGACUAUGACCACACUGAUGAUGGGUGCCCGCACAUCUCUGCCCAAUGCCAACUGCUUCAUUAAGGCCAUAGACGUGUACCUGGGCAUCUGCUUCAGCUUCAUCUUUGGAGCACUGAUUGAGUAUGCGGUGGCCCACUUCUGCACGCUGCAUCACCCCGACUGCAACAACGCACUCAUGUACGGUCAUCACAUGCAUGACUGCGAGGAGGAGAUGAACGGCAUCGUCACCACCAUCGCCAGCAAUUCCUCCCGGGUAAAGAGACGCAAAGACUCUCUGGCCUCGGCGCCCGCGUCCACCCCCGCUGGAGAGCCUGGACUCGUGCCCUCCAGCCCGACCGCCAGCGAGCCAAGACCCCCUGAGGUCCCACCAGAGCUCUUCAGCCGCUGUGCCAAAAACAUCUCCGUCUUGAGGAAGAUCCUGAGAUCAAUCAACUGCUGUCACGUGGAAAACCCACAUUAUAUAGACAACUACUCCCGGUUAACCUUCCCACUGUCGUUCGUCUUCAUCAAUCUGCUCUACUGGACCUACUACCUGUACUUUUAACCAGCACUUCAUGUUGAAUCAUUUCUGUGCGUUCUGUGUGUGUAAGUACGAUAGUGUGCGUGUGUUUGUCUGAAAGACCAAUAUAGACUCGACAGAGAAGUUAAGAUCUAUCAACAGCAUUUGUGCUAUAGUAAAUAAAAUAGAGCAUUUAAAAGCACAAAUGUGAAGCUCAUAUUUUUGUUAAAUUAUACAGUAAAUCCCUGUUAUUGUUUGUGUUGUAAAUCAUUCUUGCAGUGGAUCACUUUUCAAGGCGGAUAAACUUACCAACAUAAUUUCUAAGUCGCUUUUUCUCUAUGGAAAAUGUCCUUCUGCUUAUUGUGUGAAAGUUGGUGUGUUUACCAGCUUUGAAAUGCCACAGAUGCUGUUGACAGAGUUUAACUUGUAUUGAACCCGAUGAGUAUGAUGUAGAUGUGUAAUAUAUAUGUAACAUCCAUAUUGUCCUAUUUAUGAAUCUCAAUGAUAGUAGCAUCAGGUCGGACGUUUGCUGUGACUGAUGGUGAUUAAAUCCUCUGAAUAACUACAGAUAAAUUGAGGAAAAUGCAUGCAAGUUGAUGUCAUUAGUCAUACUGGUUAGCAUCAGAUUACUGGAAGUCUCAGUUUGACUUGACGUGUGGAAGAUGAUGAACAGACUAGAUCUUAAAGUCAACAUGAAAUCAAAAUUGAAUCAACUUUCCUCUCCCUUUGUGUGGGCUAUUGGAUAAUGUUAAUGUUAACCAGUGGUUAAAUAGCUAUUUAGCCAUUGUUUUAGGCUGCUGUUGUAGCUAAUGCAGCCUGAAAUAUUGCCAAUAAUUAACCGAGAUUAAACAGAGAUAAAUCAUUUAAUGCUGGUGAAUGUUAAUGUAAUAGAGGUUAUAGCAAUGAUGGCAAAUGAUGGAUUUUUACCAAGAAGCGUCACCGCUGGGAUACGUGUAGAUGCUCUGGGGAACAUUUUAAUAUUUGAAGGUGUGUGAAUGUGAUUGUUGGAAACUGUCAGUGAAUAUCUUUCGUUUGUGUACAUGUGUGUUGAUCAUCACUGGCUGUAAGUCGUUGCUGGAUGGCUCGACCUGUCCAGAAGUCUAACAGAAAUAGUAUGAUGCAGUAAAAUGUUAUUCAAAAAGGGCCUAACAAGUUGAUGUCCUAAAGGUGUAGUUUGCCCAAAGAGAAAAACUCAUUUACUCACCCUCAAGUCGUUCCAAAUAGGAAUUACUUUCUUUCGAAUCUCAGUUUUGCAGUCAUUUCAAAUAUGAUAUGAAAUUGUUCAAAGUUAUCUGGUCUUUAAUAACUAGAGAUGCACAAUAUAUCGGCCACCAUAUCGGUAUCGGCCGAUAUAUGUUCAUUUUUAACGUUAUCGUUAUCGGCCAAAUAAGAUAAUCUGGCCGAUUAUAUUAAAGCUGAUAAAAAAUGGAUUAUUUCCUUCAGCUGAGACGUUUCAGAUGUGCACUGUUCGCCAUGAUGGUUGAAUUGCUUGAAAUAUGAUUGGAAUCACUUCAAAAAGGAAAAUAUUUGACAGACUUGCGCUGCAGUAGACUACAUAAAAUUAUAAUGAGAACAUUAUAAUUGUGUGUUUGGGACAUGGCUUUUAAUGGUGAGACUUCUGUUUUUGUUUUUUAUAAAAAUUUGGAUGUAGAUUUAUUGGCCAAUAUAUCGGUUAUCGGCUUUCAAAAAUAAAGAAUUAUCGGUUAUCGGUGUCGGCCAUAUCGGUGCAUCCCUAGAUUACAAAAACAUUAUUGAUACAUCGUUCAUGAAACUUUUUAGUUCAUAUAACAUUUUUUAAAUGUUACUAUUUGUUUCGGAAUGUUCAGAGAACAUUUAAAUGUAGCAUUCCCAUAAUGUUUGAAGAAUAAAAUGGAAUGUUCCCUGUACAUUCGUAUGACCAAGAAAAGUUUUUUAAACAUUUAAAAAACUGGAUGUUCAGAAAUGACAUUUUUAUACAUAUAUAUAUAUUUUUUUUUUGGCUUCAGCCCGGCUCAAUACAUCUUGACUUGCAAUAUGUGAAUUAAACACAAGCAUGAAUGAGAUUUGAGAGCCGUUGGAGACAUGAGGGUCAGUAAAUGAUGACAGAAUUGUGAUUUUUAGGUGAAGCAGACCGACUCUCUCUCCUUUAGUACAUCACAGCUUUCUUUCACUUGUGUCCGACUUUUCCACACUGUAAUACCUCCUCUCUCUGAACAGCGUGUCUUCCUCGUGUGUCUGUGGUCCUCGAGCAUGAGUUACGGCAGAGUUGCAGUGUUGAGGGCAGACCGAAGCCAUCGCACAGUUUAUUGCUUCCAUAAAUCCUCCGGCCUCAGCCUCUUUCUUGCACAUUACGGGAUCGAUGGAUCGCAGGGGCUGUGUAAACUCUUUAUGCGACUUGGCUUUAAUGAUUCAUGUUUUGAACCAGAGGUGUUUGUGGACUCAGAUAUGGACCAGACCAAGUCAUAAUCACCAAAGGCCACGGACUGCAUGUGGUGACUGAUGCUAAACUAUCUGGAAUACAUUAAAUGUCUUUGGGACGUGCAUUAAAGCUCUCGUCAGAUGGAUUGAGUGUCAAUGGCCCAUACUGUACUGGACUAAACACUUUGGGUUAUGGUUAUCUAAACUGAUGUAUUUUCUGAAACUGAUGCUUGAAUUUUGCUUUAUUUAAAAUAAGCACAGGCAGUGCAAACAAGCCACACUAACGCCCCCUUCGGACAUGAUCCAGGACUCUUUUCUAAGCUGUGGAUGCUCACCUUUUCUUUGUGAUUGAGUUUUUAUUAGCAUUUGAUGUCAUAAUGGUCAGAUGAAUGAACGAAUUUUCCUCUCUGGACCUCGUUUAGGGUUUUGAAAACUGGUUUUUCAUUUAGGAUUGCUGAUGCUCUCAAAUGGAUCUGCUGUUUUCGUAAGCUAUGGCUUUUAAUCGGCUUCAUUUAGAUGUUUUGGGCGUUUGCCACUGGCAUGCAGUCGGAUCCUUCAUUUCUCGCCGAAUGCCUUCCGUUCAGAGUUUCAAACUACAAAGUGCUUGAUUUUCAAUUUAAUGCAUGUUUCUGUACCACUUUAGGGUAAUAUAUUACAUUAAUAUUGUCAUAUUUAUGGGACUUUUUUGUGUUGAUUCAUAGGUUGUUUUUAAUUUGGCAAGUUGAGAAUUAAUGCAAUAACACCUUAGUUAAUUAUGCAUAUCAGAGUUAUUAUCGUUAAAACCAUAAAACAUUUUUAGUACUUGAAAUAAAAUAAACGUUAACUGAAAUAAAUUAAUUGUAAUUGUUUUAUUUCAGCUAGUUAAGGCAGCAUUUCACAUUUUGAUUUAGUUUAAUGUGAUGUACUAAUAUAAAAAAACAACAACUAUAUAGACAUUUAAAAAAUAAUAAAAAUGACAAAAAUGUGCAACAAAAUUACUAAAAUAUAAAAUUAAAAUUAAAAAAAAGAAAAGAUUAAAAUAAAAACAAAUAAUUAAAAAACUAUAAUAGUAUUUUAAUGAAGCUGAUGCAUAUUCAGAAUUCAUCGAAUUUUUCUUUAACGAUUCCUGUUGUAAGACACGUUCAUGAACCUUAUUUAGAUUUAAUUAGCAUCCUUGUAAAGUAUAAUUAUAUUUACACCAAUAUUAGAAAGCAGCUUAACACACUCCAUGUGAAAUCUUCAUGUAUUUAUGAAAAUAAUUAAUCUCUGGUCCAGUAAAUAGGACGAUGAUGACAGUGCCAAACAAGUAAGCCAAAGAGUUCACAAGUCUAGAAAUCCACCUAAAACAAUAUAAAUUGUUUGUUUAGCUCUUCUAUUCAAAUUAUAACCUGCAAACUGAUGCAUAUUUGAUCAAUGUCCACAUCUUCACCUAUUUUCCCAUCAUUUAUAUAGUUCCAUCAUCACUUUAUCGAUCAUAAUGACAUCCCAGUGAAUUUCAGAGUGUUUUGGGAUGCUGAUCUCGCAGAUACAGUCUGUUUGUGUUGCUGAAGCCCUCGAACAUCCUGAUGUUAAUAUGUGUGUAUAAUGUAACAUUUGCAUAUAGACAACGGAGGGUAAUAGAAAAGCGACUGUAAAUACUGCAUGUUUACUUGAUGUUUACUUCAUGAUGCUAAUAAUGACACUACAAAUUAUAAUUCAAAUAAAAAAGACAAACAAGAA